UAUACUCCCGUAACAGGAAUGAAGAAAUUAUAUCGUUAGUUUAAGUAAUAUAGUUUGGUACUUAGUUUUUCUUAUUGAAAACAUGAAAUAAAGUUGUGAAUAAAGGGAAAGAAAUGUCAAGAAGGAAUAAAAGAGAUGGACAUAAAAUAAAAGUCAAGAGGGAAGGGAAAGGAUGAGAUUGAAGAGAUGAAGGGAAAGAAUGAGAUUGAAGAGAUGAAGAGAAAGGAUGAGAUUGAAGAGAUGAAGAGAAAGGAUGAGAUUGAAGAGAUGAAGGGAAAGGAUGAGAUUGAAGAGAUGAAGGGAAAGGAUGAGAUUGAAGAGAUGAAGGGAAAGGAUGAGAUUGAAGAGAUGAAGAGAAAGGAUGAGAUUGAAGAGAUGAAUGGAAAGGAUGAGAUUGAAGAGAUGAAGAGAAAGGAUGAGAUUGAAGAGAUGAAGGGAAAGGAUGAGAUUGAAGAGAUGAAGGGAAAGGAUGAGAUUGAAGUGAUGAAGGGAAAGGAUGAGAUUGAAGUGAUGAAGAGAAAGGAUGAGAUUGAAGAGAUGAAGAGAAAGGAUGAGAUUGAAGAGAUGAAGAGAAAGGAUGAGAUUGAAGUGAUGAAGAGAAAGGAUGAGAUUGAAGAGAUGAAGAGAAAGGAUGAGAUUGAAGAGAUGAAGGGAAAGGAUGAGAUUGAAGUGAUGAAGAGAAAGGAUGAGAUUGAAGAGAUGAAGAGAAAUGAUGAAAUUGAAGAGAUGAAGAGAAAGGAUGAGAUUGAAGAGAUGAAGAGAAAGGAUGAGAUUGAAGAGAUGAAGAGAAAGGAUGAGAUUGAAGAGAUGAAGAGAAAGGAUGAGAUUGAAGAGAUGAAGAGAAAGGAUGAGAUUGAAGAGAUGAAGGGAAAGGAUGAGAUUGAAGAGAUGAAGGGAAAUGUUAAAACUAAAGAGAGAGAAUGUGAAUGGAGAACUAGGAAGGAAAUAAAUAGAAAUAUCACGAAUGAAAGGAUGAGGAUGAAAGAAAAGAACGGAAUAAAAGGACAUGUUCAGACUAAAGCCAAAGAACGAGAGUGGAUAGAAAUGUCAAGAAACCACGAGAGAUGGCCUCUAAUAGAAUGCAGAGAGAAAGGACGAGGUGGAAGUAAAAAGACUGAAGGAAAAGGGCGGGGAGAGUUCACCCAAUGUAUAAAGACAUUCGAAACGUUACAUCUCUGCAGCAUUCAUUGAACAACGGGACACUCAUUCUGUCUUGAUUGUUUAACAAAGUCGUUGAAGGUGGCAGACAGUUGAGGUAACAUAAUUCAUCCAUUUAUAGCACGCGUACAUGUGUGGGUAAUUGUCUGAUUCCUCCAAGGAAUUCUUUCUGAUAAUCAAGAGUUGCCUGGAAGCAAAGUCCCACAACUCUUUUGAUAUAUAAACCUAUUCACUAACUACAGUAAACCUAUACUUUUUUUUUUCAUUUUUUCUUCU